GAAGUGUCUGAUGAGCGUCCUGGGACCAGCUCUGUCAGCAUGGCUCAGACACACCGGCUAGCAUGGCUUCUUUUCGCCCUGCUCUUCCUCACUGGACUCCAGUGUGAGCAGGGGGAACAGACGAGGAGCCGCAGCAAGAGGGACAUCAGCAGUGACCAGCCGCGUAUGGUGUCAGAAAGUGGCCAUCUCAUAUUCUCCACUGGAGAUCAUAAAGACAUCCGCUUCCAGACAGGCGGCUCAGGAAGUGUCAAAGUUGGGACUGAGGACCUGACGCAGGUCUUGAAUCAGGUUAAAACAAAUAAACAAGACAUAGAUGACUUAAAGACCAACGGUCCCGGAGGGGAUAUAACUAACCAGCUAAAUCAAGUCAAAGAAAGGGUUACAACUCUUGAAACUAAGGUGCAGACAAUUGAACAGACAGUACAGAGGAAGACCUGUACUAGUAACCCAUGUCAGAAUGCAGGCACGUGCCUAAACCUGCUGGACUCAUUUUAUUGCAUUUGUCCAGAGAACUGGCAGGGUCCCAACUGUAAUGUUGAUGUGAAUGAAUGUCAGAUCUAUGUUGGAACCACGCAAGGGUGUCAGAACGGCGCCACUUGUGUCAACACACAAGGAUCUUACACUUGCACCUGUCCAGCAGAAUGGUACGGGCCACACUGCACAUCCCGCUAUGAUGACUGUGCAGGAGGAAGCCAGGACUUAUGUGAGCAUGGGGUGUGCAUCGACUCUGACCGUGUCACACCAAACCAGCCCAAGUACAAGUGUAUCUGCGAUGCUGGGUGGAUGUCUCCGCCGGGCACCCCCGCCUGCACAGCAGACGUGGAUGAGUGCAACCUGCCCAACAAGCCCUGCUCCAGCAACCCUAUAGUGCAGUGCUUCAACACUAUGGGCUCGUACUACUGCGGGGCCUGCCCAGCAGGGUGGCAAGGCAAUGGCUACAGUUGCCAGGACGUUAACGAGUGUGACACCAACAACGGCGGCUGCUCCACCUCCCCCAUGGUGCAGUGUCUUAACACCAUGGGCUCCUUUCACUGUGGCCAGUGUCCUCCAGGCUAUGAGGGAGAUGGCAGGACCUGCACGCAGACCAACAUCUGUGCCACCAACAAUGGAGGCUGCUAUCCUUUGGCCACCUGCACUGCAGUUCCAGGAAGUACCACCCCUGUCUGCACCUGCCCCCCGGGGUACCAGGGUAAUGGCUAUGGGCCCACAGGAUGCACUCAAGUCAGUGACAUCUGUCAGACCAACAACCCAUGUGUCAAUGGACAGUGUGUGAGCACCACUACUGGAUACAGAUGUGACUGUGACCCAGGCUGGUCGGGCACCAACUGUGACCAGAAUGUGAAUGAGUGUGCCAGCAACCCGUGUCAGAACGGGGGCACCUGCACAGAUGGCAUCAACGGCUACACCUGCACCUGCACCAAUCAGUGGACAGGGCCACAGUGCCAGACACCCCAACAAGCAUGUGGUGGGGUCCUCACUGGUCCUGCUGGGACCUUUAGCUACCCCACAAACCCUGGCCAUGAUCAGUACCCACACCAGGUCAGCUGUGCCUGGGUCAUCAGGGUGGACUCAAGCAAGAUUAUUAGGAUCACAUUCCCCUAUUUCAGUCUGGAGAACAGCGCCACCUGCCAGUUUGACUUCCUGCAGAUCCAUGAUGGUGAAAGUGCCUCUGCCCACAUGCUCGGGAAAUACUGUGGCAGCGCCGCUCCUGCAGAGCUCUUCAGCUCCCACAACUCCCUCUACUUCUGGUUCCGUGCCGACAGCUCCAUUAAUGCUGGAGGCUUCACUGUUUCCUGGGAGUCUAAAACACCUGUUUGUGGUGGGGAGCUGACUGAAACCUAUGGUUCCAUCAAUUCACCUGGUUACCCUGGCAACUAUCCACCCAACAGAGACUGCUAUUGGACAGUGAAUGUGAACCCAGGGCUUCUCAUCACAUUUGCCUUCGGGACGCUCAGUAUAGAGCAACAUCCUGACUGCAAUUUUGACUUCUUGGAGAUAAGAGACGGGCUGCUUCCUGAUGAUCCGGUGCUGGGGAAGCACUGUACCACGGGUUCUCCACCCCCUCUGCAGACCACCGGCCCAGCAGCAUGGAUCCACUUCCACACCGACUUCAGCAUCAGCGACCGCGGCUUCCACAUCACCUACACCACCUCACCAUCUGACCCGGGAUGCGGGGGCAUAUUCACAGACAGUGAGGGCAUCAUCAUCUCGCCCAACUGGCCCAACGACUAUGCCCACAACCGCCAGUGCAUUUACAUCAUCAGGAUGCCCCCCAGCGACACUGUGGCCCUCAACUUCACACACAUGAACCUGGAGAGCCACAGCACCUGCACCUUUGACUAUGUAGAGGUCCGUGAUGGUACAGGGGAGACAGACCCCCUCAUAGGAAAGUACUGUGGCUCCACCCUGCCUGCCCCCAUCACCUCCAUCACCAACAGCCUCUGGAUCCGCUUCAAGUCUGACGCUUCCGUCUCCCUGGCUGGCUUCAGGGCCAUGUAUGAAGUCGCCUGUGGUGGCACCCUCUCGGGCACUGGUCAGAUCCGGACCCCAUUCCACCCUGACGCGUACCCCCACAAUAAGGAGUGCGAGUGGGUCAUCAACCAGCCUCCGGGCUAUGCCGUCACCCUUAGUUUCCUCACAUUUGAUGUUGAGGGAAACAGCUGUCAGUACGACUUUGUUGAGGUCAGAGAUGGGCCCUCAGCCAGCUCUCCGCUCAUUGGCCAAUACUGUGGAGACCAGAUGCCUCCAAUGCUCCAGUCCACUCAGAGGUCAAUGUACAUCCGCUUCAAAACAGACUCGUCCGUUUCCAACCAUGGCUUUACUGCUGCAUACACCUCCAUUAUAGAAGGUUGUGGAGACACAUUAACAGAUCCCAGUGGCUCCUUCACCAGUCCUGGUCACCCCACCAGUUAUCCACACGGAGCCAAUUGCUCCUGGUACAUCUCCGUCACCCCCGGCAACCUCGUCCGCCUGUCCUUCUCCUCCUUCAACCUGGAGUACAACACGGACUGCAGAUACGACUAUGUGGAGGUGUACGACAACGGUACAACGCAGACCGGGACGUUGCUCGGGAGGUACUGUGGCCGGUCCGUACCUCCAUCUCUGACCAGCACAGACAACAUGUUGACUGUCCUGUUUGUCUCAGACUCAAGCCAGGCGGUAGAAGGCUUCGCUGCCAGCUAUGUGUCAAUCAACGCCACCACAGACUGUAGUGAGGUGUUCACCAGCCCCACAGGGGAGCUGUUCUCCCCCAACUUCCCAAGUAAUUACCCCCUGAACCGGGAGUGUGUGUUCAAGAUCAUCGUGGGGGUCAACAUGCAGAUCAUGCUCAACUUCACAGACUUUCUGCUUGAGGGUUCUACACCAAACUGCCUCUUUGACUAUGUGGAGAUCAGGGAUGGAGGCUAUGAAACGUCCCCUCUGAUUGGAAAAUACUGUGCAAGCAGCAAGCCACCCUUAAUGUUCUCUCACAGCAACCGGCUGUGGAUCAAGUUUCGAUCUGACUCCUCCCGCACCUUUAUGGGGUUCCGUGCUCAUUGGGAUGGCACACAGACAGGCUGUGGAGGCACUCUGACCACCAGCAGCGGAGGCUUCUCCUCGCCGAACUACCCGCUGCCCUACCACCCCAACACUGAGUGCUACUGGCUCAUCAAGACCAGCGCCGGCAGCCGCCUCACCCUCAAUCUCGUGGACUUCCACCUGGAGAGCAGCACCUCCUGCCUUUACGACUACCUGGCAGUGUAUGAUGGAAACAGCACUAAUGCUCCUCAGCUGGCUCAGCUGUGUGGGACUCAGCUGCCUGCUCCCAUCGACUCCACCAAGGAGUAUCUCUAUGUGAAGCUUCGGACAGACAGCAGCGUCAAUGCAGGGGGCUUCAUCGCCUCAUACACCACCAGAUGCCAGGGUGUUGUCGUAGCCAACCGAAGCCAGGGCUACAUAGAGUCUAUGAACUACCCCAACAAUUACGAUCACAACUCCUUCUGCAACUGGACCGUCCAGACCACCAUGGGCAACACCAUCAACUACACCUUUAUGGCCUUCGACCUGGAGCCCACCUCUACCUGUCAGUAUGACUAUGUGAAGCUUUACAAUGGGCCCAAUGCCACGUUUCCUCUGAUUGGCACCUACUGCGGUAACACCCCGCCUCCUGCCAGUAUGACCACUGGCACAAGCCUGCACGUGGUCUUCCAGUCCGACUCCUCUGUGUCCUACACGGGCUUCCGGAUGCUCUGGUACCAGAAUGGUUGUGGUGGGGACCUCCUUGGACCACAUGGGAACUUCACCAGUCCAGGCUACCCUGACAAGUACCCAGAGAACCGGGAGUGCCUUUGGUACAUCCAGACCGCCGCUGGCACCAGCAUCACCCUUACCAUCUAUGAGUUUGAUGUGGAGUACCACCCUGACUGCACCUACGACCUGCUGGAGGUAUAUGGUGGACCUGACCAGUCGGCCCCACGUCUGGCCCAACUCUGCACCACACGUCCCCCUGGAAACCCCUUAGUGGUGUCCAGCACAGGCAAUCUAAUGACUGUCCGCUUCAAGAGUGAUGCAUACGUCAGCGGUCGUGGGUUCAGUGCAAAAUAUGAGGAAAUCCAUGGAGGCUGUGGUGGUGCCGUGAACGCUCCCAGUGGAGAGAUCCACUCCCCAUCGUACCCCAACAACUACCCCAACAACGUGGACUGCUCCUGGGUCAUCACCGUGGAUGAAGGCCACCGGGUCCUUUUCAACUUCUCAGACCUGGACAUUGAGAACCAAUCCAACUGCACCUGGGACUAUGUAGCAAUCCAUGAUGGCCCCAGUGCUGAGUUCCCUCUCUUGGCGGUGGUCUGUGGCUCGGUGCUUCCAGCUGCCAUCCGUUCCACAGGAAGAGUCAUCCAUGUGCGCUUCCGAUCCGACAACAGUUUAACCCACCGCGGCUUCAGUGCCCAGUUCUCCGAGGUGUGUGGAUCCACUAUUACAACUGAUGACGUUGGUGGAGCCAUCGCUUCCCCUCGCUAUCCAUACGCUUAUCCAGCCAAUCAGAUGUGCAGUUGGAUCAUCAAAGCCCAAGAACCAUUUAACCAUGUGACCUUGUCAUUCACUGACUUUGAGUUGGAGAUGAUCAAUGGUAACUGCUCCCAUGACUUUGUGGAGGUCUUGGAUGGGGAUAACGCCCAGGCACCAACAGUUGGAACAUUCUGUGGAGUACAGGUCCCUCACCCAAUCACAUCAUUCAGCAAUGCACUGGUCGUCAACUUCAUCUCUGACUCUUCUGUCGCAAAGAAGGGAUUCAGAGCCACAUACUCUGGCUCUACUUCAAGUUGUGGUGGAAACUUCCACAUGGAGUCUGGUGCCUUCAACAGUCCCAAUUUCCCUGACGCUUAUCCUACCAACAUCGAGUGUGUGUGGAAAAUAAUCAGCUCUCCUGGCAACAGACUGCAACUGUCUUUCACAAUGUUCCAGCUCCAGGCAAGUUCCAACUGCAACAAUGACUAUGUGGAGAUCCGUGAGGGAAACUCCACCGGACCUCUGAUUGGCCGCUUCUGUGGAAGCUCCCUCCCCUCCAACUACACUUCUUUAAUGGGCCACAUCCUCUGGGUCAAGUUUGUUUCUGAUGCCUCGGUCAGUGGAGCUGGCUUCAGAGCCACCUUUUCUCUCUUGUUCGGGAAUGAUCUCACUGGCUCCACGGGUCAGAUAGCCUCGCCGCUGUGGCCGAACGCCUAUUAUCCCAACAACGCAGACUACCGCUGGACCAUCUCUGUGGACUCUGACUACUACAUCAACAUCCGCUUCCUGGAUAUUGAUAUCGAGGAUCUUUAUGAUUGCUACUAUGACAACCUCAGGAUAUUUGAUGGACCCAACGUGCAUGCCAUACCCCUGGGCACGUUCUGUGGCCUGUCCCUGCCUGAUCCAGUGAGGAGCUCCGGAAGCGUAGUGACACUGGAGUUCAGGUCGGACACCGUUAUCGGGGGCAGAGGAUUCCUCGUCGAGUGGACGGCUGUCCAGAACACAGGGCCCAUUCCAACUAUUGCUCCAGGAGCUUGUGGUGGAGCCCUUAUACCACAGGACACACCCAGUUUCUUAUUCUCUCCCAACUGGCCAAGCUCCUAUGAUAAUAACCUUGAGUGCUCAUGGGUAAUCCGUUCGCCGGACUCCAUAGUGGAGCUGAACCUACUGUUUAUGGACAUAGAGUCUUCAAUCUCAUGUCUCUUCGAUAGCCUGGUCAUCAGAGAUGGUGAGACCAACCUGUCACCCCUGUUGGCAAACCUGUGUGGCCGAGAGCUGCCCGGAUCGAUCCACUCCACAGGGGACGCCAUGUUUAUCCGCUUCACCACUGACAGCAGUGUCAUGAGGCAGGGCUUCAAUGCCUCUUACUCUAGAGGGUGUGGUGGGCUAAUCCACACAGAUCGUGGGGUGAUCAGCACCCCUCGCUACCCCGAGAACUACCCAUCCAACCAGGACUGCAGCUGGCACGUGAUGGUCACCCCUGGCUUCAGGGUGUUUGUCAACUUCCAGAGCCCCUUCCAGGUGCAGGGCUUCAGUACCGGCUGCACCUCUGGGGACUAUGUGGAGCUGAGGAACGGGCCGGACGCAUCAGCUCCUCCUCUCGGUAGCCGUCUAUGUGGAUCCAAUCCCCCGUCCUUCGUCCAGACCACUGACAACAACCUCCAUGUGCGCUUCGUCUCGGACGGCUCAAAUGAAGGUCAAGGCUUCAAGCUGACCUUUGAGGCGCACAGUCAGGCUUGUGGAGGACACAUCCCGUUGGGAGACUCAGAUCCACCAGGCUACAUCACCUCACCCAACUACCCCUCCAACUACCCACAGAACAUCGACUGCAUCUGGGUCAUCUCGGUGUCCAACGGGGAGGCGGUGCAGCUGGACUUUGAGGAUGACUUUUACAUUGAGCCUAAUACAGACUGUAUGUAUGACUACCUGGAGGUCCGCGACGGCCCUAGCUCUGAUUCAGGCUUCAUCGCCAGGCUUUGCGGAAACACACGGCCAUCUACCCAGCAUUCCACAGGCGCUGCCAUGUAUGUGAGGUUCCGCACCGACACCAGUAUCACGCACAAGGGCUUCAAGGUCAAGUACUCCAUCGCCACCUGUACUGGCACAUACAUUGGCCAGCAUGGGACAGUUCGAAGCCCAGGCUUUCCAAAUGCCAACUACCCUGACGGGUCCAACUGUGAGUGGUACCUGCACGGUCCUACUGGCCACUACCUCACCCUCAGCUACACUUCCUUCAACCUGACCAGCUCCUCUGAUUGCUCCAGUGACUAUGUGGAGAUCCGCGAUUACAACGCCUCGGGCCGACUGUUGGGGAGGCACUGUGGUAACAGCCUGCCCACUCCCGUGGACACUGGCGACAGCUUUGCUUAUGUGAAGUUUGUCAGCGACAGCAGUGGCAAUGCACCAGGCUUCAGUCUCUCAUUCGAGGCUAGCGUGGAGGAAUGUGGAGGGGACCUCAACCUCCCCUCGGGUACCAUCUCCUCGCCCAACUACCCCAACCUGUACCCCCACAGCCGCAUCUGUCACUGGGAGAUCACCGCACCCCAUGGCCGCAGGGUCACCCUCACCAUCACCGACCUCCGGCUCGAGGGCGAGGGCUCCAGCUCCUGCAACUAUGACUAUGUGGAUGUCUUCAAUGGUGUUGUGUCUAAUGCCCCGCACCUGGAGCGACUGUGUGGCACUGUUCCCGCUGGUUUUCAGAUCAAAUCCACCGGGAACACCAUGACUGUUGUGUUCCGCACGGACUCCUCCGUUUCCAAUGGCGGCUUCAGUGCUGACUACUCGUCCGAGGAGGAAGCAGUGUGUGGAGAUCUGAUCAUAGGCCCAGAUGGAGGAAACUUCACAUCACCAAACUAUGGCGUGGGCAACUACACCAACAAGCUGAACUGCGAGUGGCUGCUUCAGAAUCCCCAGCAUGUGAAUUCCUCCAUCGUAAUUAUAAUAAAUGACCUACACUUGGAACAUCAUCAAACCUGUGAUUACGACUAUAUCGAAUUCCGCCUGGGAAACUCAGAUGGGGAGCUUUUGACUCGCUUCUGUGGUCAAUCAGUUCCUGCUGUGCCAAUAGUGGUCUUCACUCCAGAGCUUUGGGUUCACUUCCUCACUGACAGUGCUACAGUAGACUUGGGCUUUAAGGCAACAUAUUACUUCUCAGAAUGUGGUGGUUUGCAAACCGGAGAGGGUGGAACGAUCACCAGUCCUGAUUAUCCAAACAGUUACCCCGGGCCCAGCCGCUGUGCCUGGCUCUUAGAGGCACCUCAGGGCCACACCAUCACUCUCACUUUCAGCUACUUCCAUGUGGAAGAGCAUAGCACAUGUCACUGGGACUCUGUCACCAUUUUCAAUGGAGGAUCCCCAGGCUCACCCGUUAUUGGACAGUACUGUGGAGAGAACUCUCCUGGAACAGUCCGAUCAGGGUCCAACAAGCUAGCCAUAGUCUUCCUGGCUGACAGCGUAGUUAACCGUGGAGGCUUCAUUGCCACUUGGUCUGCAGACUCCUCAGGUUGUGGUGGCAUUAUUCAUGCGGACACUGGCAUCAUCAAAUCCCCCAACUACCCGCAGAACUUCCCAACCAAUGUUGAGUGCUCCUGGACCGUCAUCGCUCAUGAAGGGAACCACUUGGAGAUGAGUUUCAACAGCGAGUUCCAGAUCCCAGACUCCAGUGGACAGUGCCAGAAUAGCUUUAUUAAGGUAUGGUCUGGUGAUGAGGAGACGAACACUGGGCUUUUGGCCACUGGUUGUGGCAACACCGCACCACCUAGCAUCAUCGCUCCCUUCAAUGUCAUCACCGCUCGCUUCCAGUCCUCAGAAAGUGCUGGCAAGGGCUUCAGCUUCUCUUACAUCACACGCUGUGGAGCGAACUUCUCUGCAUCCCAGGGUCGUGUUGUUUCUCCUAACUACCCUGAGAACUACCCCUCCUAUUCCAACUGCAGUUACCUGCUUAACGCUGGAGAGCAGACCGUCAUUGUCCUGUCAUUCCAGACCUUCCAAAUAGAAUCUCACUCCACAUGUCUGUAUGAUGGAGUGAAGAUCUUUGGCGGUGUCUCCAUGUCUGGAAACCCCAUGGCCACUCUUUGCGGCAACACCAUCCCCGGAAGAUUCUCCACGUUUGGCCCAAUGCUAGUCAACUUCUACUCGGAUUCCAUCGUCCAGGACAAGGGUUUCCUGGCAGAAUACGUAGCCAUCCCUUGUGGGGGGAUCUUUAAUGGUACUGCUGGGACUGUCCAGAGCCCCACCCUCUCCCUCUCUGACUACCAUCACAACAUCAACUGCACCUACCACAUCAUGGUCCGCAACAACCGUGUCAUUGACCUCAAGUUCAACACAUUCCAUCUGGAGGCCUCGUCCAACUGUCACUAUGACUAUGUGGCUGUGUAUGAUGGAGAGAACACCUUGGCUCCAUUGUUGGGGCAGUUCUGUGGGAGCGUGCUUCCGCCAAGACUCCGCUCCUCCUCCAAUCAGAUGUUCAUCGUCUUCAGGACUGACAUAUCAGUCUCAGGACGUGGUUGGAGAGCAACCUAUGCCGAGACGUUAGGUCCUCAGCAGGGAUGUGGAGGGUACCUGUCAUCCGCCCAGGGCAUGUUUGGCUCUCCAGACAUCAACAUGGAUGGAAUGUACGAGUAUAAUUUGAACUGCGUGUGGACCAUUGCAGCAGCUACCAAUAAAGUUCUCAACCUGACAUUCAGUACUUUCGAACUCGAGUCAGACAGCACUUGCAGAUAUGACUAUGUCAAGGUGUACGAUGGUGACAGUGUGAGCUACCCUCUUGUGGGCACCUUCUGUGGAAACAUCAUUCCAGCUUCCUUUGCCUCAUCCGGGAACUUCCUGACCAUUCACUUUGUGUCGGACGGCUCAGUGAAUAGACGCGGCUUUAAUGCCACCUACACUGCUGUGGACCUCCUGUGCGGUGGGGUCUUCAAUGCCACCAGCUCCCCACAGACAAUCAUGUCCCCGAUGUACCCCAACGCCUACCCGCCCUUCACCAGCUGUCGCUGGGUACUGGACGCACCCUCCAUGGAGACCAUCAAACUGGUCGUGCAGCAAUUCCGCCUACAGGCCAGCCAGACCUGCGACCGCAACUACCUGGAGUUCAAGGACUGGCCCCAGGGAGAUUAUGGACAGGCACAUAAGUUCUGUGGUUCAGACAAUUCUGUCCCAGAUUUCUAUAGCUAUGGACGUUCCAUGUUUGUCACCUUCAAAUCAGAUGCUUUCAUGACUGGGAAUGGCUUCAGUCUCACCUACCAGGUGGCAGGAUGCAGUAGGACAUAUAAUCAGUCGUAUGGUUAUCUGAAGAGUCCCGGCUGGCCAGAUGUCUACCCACACAACCUUGACUGCAGCAUCGUCCUCCUGGCCCCACAGAACAACUCCAUCUCUCUGUUCUUCAGCAGUUUCGACCUGGAGCCUCACACCUCCUGCAACUUUGACUUCCUCGAGGUGCGUAAUGGCAGUACAGCCAGUGGCCCACUGCUAGGCAAGUACUGUGGCUCCACGCUGCCCAAUCCAGUCUUCCCUGGGACGAAUCAGCUCUUCCUGCACUUCAAGAGUGACUUUUCUUCAGCCCGCAAUGGUUUUGAGAUCACCUGGACAUCCUCCCCUCAGGGCUGCGGUGGUGUACUGUAUGGAGAUCACGGCGCCUUCACCAGUCCCAACUUCCCUGGCACCUAUGUCAAUGGCACCCACUGUGAAUGGGGCAUCAAGGCACCCAGCGGCCGUGUAGUGACCGUCACCUUUGCCCAGAUCAGCAUCGACGACCCAGGCAGCUGCGAGAGCAACUAUCUGAAGCUGUACGACGGGCCGGAUGCCAACAGCCCUCCAGUGGGCCCUUACUGUGGAGCGGAGACGAACAUUGCGCCGUUCACCGCCUCCUCACAUCAUGUCUAUGUCCAGUUCCACGCCGAGUACGCUACACUGCCGUCUGGAUUCAGGCUCACAUGGAGCAGCUGAGGACACUGUAUCCAAUAUACACUCACCCACACACACUCAGUAACACACUGUACAUCCAUUAGCUGUUGAUGGCAAAAAUCGUAUUUUAUGUGAUUUGUCAGCCUUUUUUGCUAAGAUGAGAAGAGAGGAUGUUAACAGAGAUAUGUAAGUGACAUUCCCCACCCACACACACACAAACACAAACAUACACACAGACACAUACACACAUUCAAAUGAAUCUUUUUAAUGUACAGAGAAUUCAGUUAUUCCAGCCAUACAGAAUACACUGACCACAAUUUUUACUCACCUCACUCACCUAUACCAUUAUAAUAAGCAAAAUCAAACUCCAAAUACAUGUAGCCUCUAAAAUUGUGUGUAAAUAAUGAUGAUUACAAAUAUACAUGUAAAAUGUUUUUGUUUUUAAAAAUAAAAUUGGAAAAAGUU